AUGGCCACCAAGGAAGCCGAGGUCGCCUCGAACGAGCACCCCACCUACCACCCCCACGGGGAUGGCACCAACGGCGGACAUGACCUCGGGCGCCAGAUCUCGGUCACGCUGACCCCGCAGCAGUUUGAAGAGCUGUACCUGCAGCCCAGCGUCAAGUCGCGCAACCAGAUGAACCUCAUCAAGACGUUUGGUAACCCGACGGCGUUUGGCAUUGUCUCGUUCCUGCUGACGCUCAUGCCGACGUCGUGCUGCCUGAUGGGCUGGCGCGGCGCGUCGUCCAACUCGCUCCUCGCGCUCGUCGGUGCGUUCUACUUCAUGGGCGGCAUGGCCAUGAUCAUCGCUUCCCUGCUCGAAUGGAUCGUCGGCUCGACGUUCCCCUUCCUCGUGUUCGGGUCGUUCGGGACGUUCUGGUUGACGUUGGCCGCCUAUGUCGACCCACGACUCGAGGUGCAGGCGUCUCUGCUCAAGGCCGAAGGCGGCAGCGCUGCGACCUACUAUGUGCCGUUUGGAUACUACCUGGUCUUCUGGUCGGUGUAUACGUAUUUCCUCACCUUUGCUGCGUUUAGGACCAACGUGGUGCUCGUGUGGAUCCUGCUGUUUGUCGCCCUGACCUUCUCGACGCUGGGUGCGGCGUACCUCAAGUUCGGAGAGGGCGCUCUCGCAACGGGCGGCAACUUGGUCAUCGCAGCAGGCGCCUGCGGUUUCACGGCUUGCAUGGGUGGCUUCUAUAUCUUGCUGCAUCUGUGUCUGGCCGCGACCGACUUCCCGUUCAACAUCCCCUUGUUUGAUCUGGCCCAUCUGUGGGGCAACAAGCAGUGA